GGACGGAGGAGACAGGGCGAAGGACAGACGGCGAAGGAUGGACUUUUUCAAAUGAGAAAAGGCCAUUGAAGUGAUUGGGGAGCCCCGUUCUAUUCAUUCUAUUUCUAUGGUUGACAUCCGGGACACGGUUAGUCCCCCCUGCCAUGCAGACACGCGCUGACUCUCACUGUCUGUACGAUGACAUCACGGGGCAUAGGAAUGGCGGCUCUGGCUGAUGGAGGAAAGAGCCAAAAGACCCUGAAACUUUACUUCUAACAUCAUUAAGAAGGAUUCAAAAUUGAUUGAAGCAACAUACGGCAAUGGAAUAGAACCAGAAUAACUCGAAUUCCGUUUGAUUUUCUGUUCAAUACCGACGUCCAGUCUCGGGAAGUUUACUACUGGCACUGCUGACUUGAGUCUAACGUUGUUAGUUAAGCUACCUACCUGGCUAGACAGCUAGCUAAUAGCCUGUAGCUAGCUUGUUUAGCUAACGUUGGUAUUAACGCCAGUCAUUAUUUAGUAUAAUUGUAUUGAUUGAUACAUUAAUAAUUAUCCGAAAUAAUAAAUCAUUGUUCUAAUUAGUCGGUACGUAAUAUUGCUACUAGGCUGGUUUCUGAGGACAUUCACGAAGACCCAUUCUUGCCAUAGCUAGCUAACUACAGUAACACUUAGCUAAGCUGAGAAACUAGCAAAGCUAACCAGCAACGUCGCUCCUCUCUCGCCUUUUUUGAGUCCAGUUCUCACAAGUAAGGAUAACAAAACAGCCAAUUAGUCUGCUGAUAGUGUACUUUUGAUGCCAUAAUGGAAAGUUUAACAUUAACUGAUGUGGAGCAGAAGUAUUACUCUGAUUUGUUCGUUUAUUGCGAUACGGACAACACCAAGAAAGUGGCUUCCAACGGCAAAGUUCUUGACCUUUUCCGGGCGGCCCAACUACCCAGUGAGGUUGUCCUGCAGAUAACAGAGCUCUGUGGAGCCACUCGCCUGGGCCAUUUUGGAAGAAGCCAGUUUUACAUUGCACUGAAACUCAUCGCUGUAGCCCAGUCUGGACUGCCUCUCCGGGUAGAGAGCCUAAAUUCUGUCAAGGACUUGCCUCUGCCUCGCUUUGUUGUGGCCAAAAAUGAGCAGGAGGCCAGACACACAGCCAUGUACCCCGACUUGGAGAACCAGGGGCCUUACCAGGGUGUGAUUCCACGACCCCCGGGCCGAGGGCAGGUCAAGAAGCUGUCUGCCCACGAGGUCAUCCAGCCCUGUGUGCCCACAGUAGAACCACAGCCCGACACCACUUCUCCAGUGGUGUCUCCCAACCAGUCCCCUCCCACCUCGCCCCAUGCCUGGAGGAAGCACAAACGGCAGGCCAGCGGGGGGAACGUAGAGAGACCUCCUGUGGUGGUGGCAGGUGCUGUCUGGACACCUUUCAGAGAAGCACAAUCAGGACCUGUGGUGGCAGGUGAUGGGAUGUGGUCUGCCCACUCACCUCCCCCCGUUCAGGAAAGCUGGGUCAGUUUGAAAGAUACUCAUCCCCCCUCCAGCACACUGCCACCAAUGCAUCUCUCGCCGGUCCAGGAGAACUCUUCGAUACGAACGGUUGCGUCUGUUGCUACAGCCAAUGAAAUCCAAAGACAGUCCAGUAGUGGUUAUGACGACCCCUGGAAAAUCACAGAUGAGCAGAGACAGUAUUACAUCAAUCAGUUCAAGACCAUCCAGCCCGACCUCAACGGUUUCAUUCCUGGUUCUGCCGCAAAAGAGUUUUUCACAAAAUCAAAGCUACCUAUUCUUGAACUAUCCCACAUUUGGGAGCUGUCGGAUUUUGAUAAAGACGGGGCGUUGACACUGGAUGAGUUCUGUGCUGCAUUUCAUCUGGUUGUUGCUAGGAAAAAUGGCUAUGACCUUCCCGAAAAGCUGCCGGAGAGUCUUAUGCCAAAGCUUAUUGACUUGGAUGACUCAGCAGAGGUUCCAGACCAGGCCCCUGAUGUGGGCUACUCGGGCUCCCCCGUGGAGGUGACCCCCAACAAGUCCCCCAUGCCCUCACUCAACCAGACCUGGCCUGAUCUCAACCAGGGCAACGAGCAGUGGGAGACUUUUAGUGAACGCUCCUCCAGCUCACAAACUCUGACCCAAUUUGAUUCUAACAUUGCACCAGCUGACCCUGAUACAGCUAUUGUCCACCCUGUUCCCAUUCGCAUGACCCCAAGCAAGAUCCAUAUGCAAGAGAUGGAGCUGAAGAGAACCGGAAGUGACCACACACAUCCUACCAGUCCUCUGAUGGCUAAACCACCUGAGCUCUCUGAAGAAACCAAGCUUGCCACCUCUAUGAAGUUUGUAACUGCUAACUCUGGUGAUGGUUAUAGCAGUUCAGAUUCAUAUACUUCAGAUCAAGACCCAAUUACAAGUGUUGUAACAAGACAAAGGUCUAAUUCUGGGACCUCUCCUGAAGGUCUAAAGGUGGUGGCUGCCCCCCCACCACCCCCUCCCAGACCCAACGCCUCCCACUCCCGCUCCUCCUCGCUAGACAUGAACAGAAACUUUGCCGCUCACCCCACAGGGCCACAGCAAUCCGGAGUCGUGGCCUGCCCUCCAGCCAUACCUCCUAGACCACUACCCACGCAGACCUCUGGUCCACAUAGUGGGCAUCGCUCAGAUGAGGGCCUGGCAGCUCACUCCACUACCUCGCCCCAGCAGAUCCCAGAGCAGCCCAACUUCGCUGACUUCAGUCAGUUCCAGGCAUUCGCUGCCUCAGAUCAGCCCAGUGACGACGAGGAGAAGCACCCAGAGAGUCUGCCAGGAGAGAAGUCUACAGAAGGGGCUGGGCCUUUGAGAACUGUGAAGAUUGACAACCAGGAAGAGAGAGCUGCAGCUACUGUGAACUCUGCCAAAGGGUCCAUCAUGGCCCCCCCACCCAAGCCUGUCCGCCGGAGACUGAAGUCCGAGGACGAACUCCAGGAUGAGGCCCUCCCCCCGAAGUCUAACGUCAUAGCCACUGUUCUCGCUACACUGCCAUCCAUUCCCAGGUCUAUUGGUAAGGAUAAAAAAGCAAUUCAAGCCUCUAUCAGAAGAAACAAGGAAACCAACACAGUCUUGGCCAGACUCAACAGUGAAUUACAGCAACAGCUAAAGGACUUACUAGAAGAGAGGAUAUCUUUGGAGGUUCAACUGGAACAGCUCAGACCAUUUUCCCAUUUGUAACCUGUGUGUGUGAGGAGGACAAGUCCAUGAGAGAAGAUAGGAGAGACCUGAAGAGGCCUUUUGUGUGAUGCACAUGUUGUUUCCCUCUAUCUCCACUGGCCACUCCCUCUGCAUUCUGCUGUCCCUUCUGUGGGAACCAGAUGGGCUGUCUGACUGGCGGUCUGACUGACUGGCUGGCAGUCUGUCUGACUGGCGGUCUGUCUGUCUGUCUGAC